ACUUGACCGACGCUUGACGGGAGGGGAUCCCAAAGCUGUUCCUAACGGGGUAGUCUGGGGUUGGGGUCAGGCAGAAUGAUGCUGAUCUGGGCUUUGAAGAGGAUAUGGAUGAGGACCUGAAUGCCAGCAUGACAAAAACACUCCGAGAGAAGAUUGCUGCCAAAAAGGAGCAGCAACGAGAAGAGGUGGAGCUGAAGAAAUUUGAACGAGAGAAGAAAAAACAAGAGCAGGAGGAACGUCAAAGAGAAAAGGAGAGGAAGGAGAAAGAACGACAGCAGGAAAAGCUCCGACGUCUCAGCAGUUCAGAGAGUAUUGGCCUUGAUGGUUUAACCAUAUCAGGGUCAGGCUCCAACUCCACCUCAAACCUUGGCAGUCCUGCUAAAGCUGCUCCGCCAAAAUUCACACAACCAGCCAUAACUCCCCGCAAAAAGAUCAGAACUGCAAAUGAACCUGUGUCUAGUCAACCGAUGUCUGCCACAUCCCACUCGCCCACGACCGAGUCCGAGAAUCCUGAGGACUGGAAACCGUUCCGUGAUGCUGAUGGUGCUCUCCGUGAAGCUUUAAGGAAAAUAGGCCAGGAGGACUGGGAGGUGAAGGUGGAAGCCAUUAACAUGUUACGCAGAUUGACUAUUCAUCAUCCUGAGACCCUCUCCAGCCAGCUACAUACAGUCAUACUGGCUAUCAUAGCAGAGGUGAAGAAUCUGAGGUCUCAGGUGUCAAGACUUGCUAUCACAUGUUUGGCUGAAAUGUUCUCCAAUCUGAAGAGGCAGAUGGACCAGGAUCUGGAUAAUACAACAAAAUGCCUGCUGGCCAAAUCUGGCGAGAGUAACAACUUCAUCCGCACAGAUGUUGACAGGGCUCUGAAAGCCAUGGUGGAGAAUGUUACAGCAACACGAGCUCUCCUGGCUAUCAUCAUGGGUGGAUCUUCUCACAAGAACAAUGCUGUUAGACGCACAACAGCUCAGUGCCUUGUGGUUCUUGUGGAGAAGAUGGGACCUGGGAAGAUCCUCAGUGGUGUCAAGGACAUCACAGACAGAGUUCUGCCGACAGCUGCUCAGUUUGCUUUGGACAGCUCUCAGGAAACAAGGUAUUAUGGCAAAAAGAUCCUGUAUCAACUCAUGUCUCACCAAGACUUUGACAAGAUGCUUACCAAGUACCUGCCUGCCAACACACUCCGCAGUGUGCAAGAUGUUGUGGACACUCUACGACAGAAGGGUUUGGGUGAAGUACCCCAUGUAACGUCUUCAGCAAGGUCGGGUCAAGGCAGCCGAUCCAGGUCAUCUGUUCGUGGCGGGUCAGCUAGCAGUUCUGCCGAAAGUGUGAACACCCCCCAGCCAAAACGAAAGUCAGUGCGCACUGAUGAGGCCACUUUGGACGACAUCCGGGAGAUGAUCAGCCAUCUGGGUUCCAAUGACUGGAAGACGAGGCUUGAUGGCAUCACACAGUUCCAACAGAUGGCAGAAUCAAACCCUAAUGCUGUGUCAGCACAGCAUGUAAAAAUAUUUGACAAGUUCCUGCCACGCCUGCAAGACUCCAACAGCAAGGUGAAUCUACAUGCGCUGCAAGUGAUGCUGCUAGUCAUCCCUAUACUCAAGGACUGCAUGCUCAGCGGCAUCCUCAACAUGGUCAUUGGCAACGUCGCUCCUAACCUUUCUUCCAAAAAUCGAGUUAUCUACACAACAACGACUGACAUCCUGGAGUGCUUUAUUGAACACAUGGAUUCAUCCUUGUUAAUCCAACCAUUCGCCAACCAGGCCCAGGCAGUCAGUGCUAGGAGCAAACCAGACAUGGUCCUCAAAGUUGCAUACCUUGUUGACAAAGUUUACUCUAAGAAGCAGAAACAGGUGAUCCUCCACGUUCUGCCUCUACUGUGGCAUCUCCUGGGCGCCCAGAACAGCAGUGGUGCCCUGCAUGGCGGCAGCAGUGACUUGCGCCACGCCGUGUCCUCCCUAGUGUCUGUCCUGUAUAAACACAUGGGCCAGAGUCUCGUGGAGAAAGCCAGCUCUGACCCCAACGUCAGCACACGCCAUCUCAAACUGCUGCAGGAACUUAUUGAUCAGUCAUAACGCCAACAUCAGCAUCAGACAUUACCAUGUAGUUUUGGAGGUCAUUGAUCAGUCAGGAUUCCUUGAGCACCAGACAAGUUUAUGUGUUGGGGCUGAUUGACCAGGAGGAUUAUGUACAUUGUCAGUUACAUCAUACCAAAGGAAAAUUGUUGUGUUGCACUGGAUACUCAGCUUACUAAUUGUGAGAACCUAUGGGAAAACAUGUUAUAUUUUCAGGUGAUCAUAUGUUAAUACCCGAAGUUGUUGACAAGAUAUAAUAUUAAAGGAGGACUGAAGUUGGAAUUCCGCAUAAUCUUCAUUGUUUUAAAUGUUUUUCAUAUAAUAUUUUGGCAAUACAAUUUUUGUUUGGAAUUUUGGGAGAGAAGUUGAAAUUAGAAACUUGUGAAGGCAGUGGAGGACUGAUGUUAGAAGCAGGAGUUGCAUUGUUCCUUGUCUGUCCAGGGAGAGUGUACAAUCAGCUGCACUGUGCCAGAAGGCAGGUGCCCUUCAGUUCUGGGCCCACUUGCACAAAGCGAUCUUAGCGCUACAAUGAUUGUAACUCCCAUUCUCCAACAUAGGCUUAAGAGUUCUAAGAUGGCAGUGGGCCCUGGCAUGGGAGAACAACUUGGAUUUAGCAGUGUGAAUAUUCCUCAGGAGUAUCUUGUCAGUGAUGCAAGACAGCUGUACUUUUUGCUGCCUGUGUGUUUAGCUUCUACACAUAUUGUGUAUGUGAAUUAUUUGCACGUUCUUGAAAAGAAAUACCUGUUUUUUUAUAGAAAUUCUCUUUGUCAGUUUCUCUGAGUAGAGUAGGCACCUGUACCUUUCAGUACAGAAGAUAUUGAUUUAUCUUUGUGUCAAUAUAUUGCAAUCAGAUCCACUAUCAUCCUGGUUUUCCUAAUCUUUUGUCAGUGUAGAUAUGGUGUAUAAAUAUCAAUUGAAGUCAGGUACAUUUCCCGAAACCAGUGAUCUAUCUGUACAUAUCUGGAUAAUAUUGCAUGGUGUUUGUUUCAGGUCUUUGUGUAUAUUUCCAAUCAUGGUGCAUAUUUCACUAUUUAACAAUCUCGUCACCACAGAUCUGCUCAGGUCUUGUAUAUGUUUAUUUUAGUCUAUUUAUUAUCAUCAUUGGUCUCAGCAGUGAUUACCUAUGCAUUCUCUGGUUAUGCCUUGUUUAUGAUUACAAACAUACAAAGUGCUCAUGCAUUUUCUAUCUUAAAUGAUAAUAUUGAUUAGGUAUGAUCAUUUUCACUAGAUAUUUUAUGUUGUAUGUCUUACUUUGUUUACACUAGUUCUGCAGGUUUAUGUGUCUUUUUAAUCUUUUAAAUCUUUCAAAUCUGUCAUUUCCAGAUAGGCAUUACCAGAGAAUACAUUAUUAAUUAUAAUUUACCUCAAGGUUUCCCAGUAACUAAAGUUGAGAGAGAAAUGUGAGUUGAUUUGGCAACAUGGUUGUAAAUGAAAGCAAUCUUGGUACCUUUUGGUAUGUUAUAGUUGUCACUGACCAUUGUGUCUCAUGUUUUAGCAUUUUAAAUGCCCCUAACUGUGAUAUGUUGAAUCUAUGUCAUCUCCAUUCCAGUCUGUGAUCGCCCCUCCGUCCAGGUCAACAUGCCGUGACCCUGCUUGUUAUAGAUAUCACACCUACUGUUACCAUGCUCACGUGACUCCCAGUUGUCACCUGCUGAUGGAAUACUCCGGGACCAUCUGUUACAUUAUUUGAAGGUUGUAGAGAUUUGUCAGGUCACAUGAAGAUUAUUUUUGUGAUAUGGAAAUUUAUAGAAAUAUGAAAACCUCCAGAAAGAGUCAUACAUCUGUUGUUUGGUUAUUUCAUAGGAUUGUUUGAAAACAGUAUGAUAACAGAGGAUGAUUAGGGUUGAUAUCAGUGAUACCCUAAAUAUGAACACCAUAUCAGUACCAUGUGACUUGUUCAUGAAAAUCUGAUUUUAUUUCCAACUUUAUCACUGUUAUGAUUUUUGCCUUUUCCUUGAUGGUGAUUAUUAUUGCUAAGGUGAUACUCAUGUCCCUCAUUGUAUUCCAAGGCUGUGUGAAGCAUGUUAACGGUUGGUAUGAAUUGAAGGCAUGAUUUAGUCAUUUUACUGAUCCCCUCUAGCCUGGCUCUUCUAGGCUUCGAGUUGUAUAUUUACUUGUGACGCUUCUCAACUGUUUAGUGAAGAGAUUUGUACAGAACAUUAUGUACUUGUAUAUAUUCUACAUAGUGACUGACAAUAUCUAUGGUUGUAGAUAGUUUAACUGUAUAUAGUGGGACUGAGUUGUGCAUAGAUACAAUACUGGAUUAACCAGCGUAUCUACCAUGCCCUCAUUCAUCAGUAUUGACAACAUUGACGGCUUGAAUAUAUAUUUUAAGUACCCAAAUAUGUACAGAACUAUAUAUAUUUAUCGUUACAGCUUGCUGUUUGUUAUAUGGUGUGUCAUGUUAAGCCUGUAUAUAACCAUUGUCAGUAAGCCUCCAUUGUGAUAUAGGAAGUUAGUGUGAUGCUAUACAGUAUGUACAUCACACAAAGUGUACAAUUAUAUAUUUCUUCUGAAUUGGUAUUUCAAAUUAUAUGCCUUUUCAUAUGAUUUAUGAACUUGUCAUUUGAAAUUCUGUGUUCAAAUUGUCACUCUUUUGAUUUCGGAAUACACAUUGUACUUAAGGUUUGUACAUGAUUAAUAUUUCUGCAUUUAAUCAGUCAUGUUUGUUUCCAUUUCUGAAUAGUUGAUCUAUCAGUAGUGUUUGACAAAUUAUUAUUCUCUCUAGUUUUUGAUGAUUGUUUGCAUUUUCAAAAACAUUCUUGUCACAUUUAGUUCCUUGUACACUUCCAUAUUUCCCUGUACUUGUGGGGAAGUUGGCCACAGUUUGUUGGUAAAGGAUGGAGUGCCUGGUUUGCAUACUCUAUAGAUGCAUAUCUCAUUACUUCUCACACAAGUGCUUGUUAAAUAUUUUUGUUUCCAUGGAAAGAAUGACUAGUAAGCAUUCUCUAGAUUCACUGUUGAUAUUUGUGUAUAGACACAAACUAUUUAUUGCAAGAUUGCACUUAUGAUCACUUAAAGCAAAUGACAUUAUUGAAGUUGAAAGCUAACCCUCCGUCCAGAUGUGUAUGAGAACUGCAGGUUGUGUUUUUGUACAGUUCUCUCACCAGAUAGCAGUGUGAGCCAAUCACUAAUAUAGGAGUGUCCAUAGCGAUGUUCACGAGUUACACCUAUAUACAUGUACCAGCAUUGCCUUUCAGUGUUAUAUACUGCAGCUGAUUUCAUCCGUCCCAGAUACUUACACAAGUGUGCGGCCACAGGUCUAUCAAGUGAUUAAAGUUGUGAUAUUUUUAUUGUUUGUGUCACUCGUACAUUCUUGUCUCCCACAACGAAAUGUAGCACCACUCACUCUGUGGCAUGGGUUUCAUAGUUGGGAAUAUUACAUAUACUUGAUGAUUAUCUUCAGCCAAAAGAUGCUUAUAUGGAAUUUGAAAAUAUUCAUGUAUAUGUUUAUCUUAAUAGCAAUCAAUACUGGACACUUGAUUAAGCAAGCAUUAUGUUCAUUUGAUAUAAUCUUCUUGAGUGAUGUAUCCACAUAUCACAUACUACACACAAAGGCUGAAGCUGUUCAGGCAAACUCAGGACAGCCAGCACAGAAUAGACAAAUCACCAGUGUUCAAAAUUAAGUGAGUUCAAGGGUUCAUGUCACUAGGCAAAUGCAGGGGUCCCUCAAUUGGAGUGUUAUUGGAACAAAGCACAGAACAUCCUUUAAUUUUACAGCAAAUACAACCUAGGUUUCAAGUGAAUAAAUUAUAUACCUCUCACACCAGCAGACGAGUGAACUGCAGUAUUUGGGUUCAGCAUUCAAGUUUCUGGUCAAAGCAUCUGACAAUAAACCUUGGGCCGGUUCACUCUGUUUAAGAUUUGAUAGACAUUGGAAUAAUAUUCAUUUUAGAAAUAAGUGACCAGGAAUUGUCGUCUGGUUUGUCAGUCUUAGUGUUGGCUGCCUAGUGUGGUGUAUUCAUUCACUAUGUACUAUAUAUUUAGUAUGAUAAUCAAACAAAGUCAUAAGACAUGUUUUAAUCAUGUAUUCAAAUAAUUUUGGUAAAUAAUGCUGACUUAGCAGUAUCAGUACUCAAUCUUGUUAAUUUGAUGGAUAGUUGAACACAAUAUGUAACAUCAAUUGCUGCAUGCUGUUUUAAUGGAAAGGUUAUGUAGUACACAGGAUUUGGUAAUAUACAUGUACACCCUUAUUCCACCAUUGAACUGUUCUGAACACAUGUCACCACACAUGUCAAGUGGUGACGUUAGAUCCUUUGGCUUCUGGUUUGGUGUGUAUUUCUAAUCUGUCAAUGUGGUCAUUUACUGUUGUGUAUAAACUCUCUGUAUGCAAACACAGAGAACAUGAAUACAUGCCAACAUUUGACCAAUAGGCUUGCUCAAUUUGACUUAAUCAGCUUCUUGUGAUCAUAACAUUGAUGGAAAUAAAUGAUAAACAUGA